UAAAAUGUUACGUUGCAAUUUAACAUUAAUUUACAAUCGUUUAGAAUAAAUGAGACUACCGACUAAAGUUCUUGCAUAGUAUUAAAUCAUCGGUUAAACGGAAUGGAUCUCGAUUAAAUACAGGGCGCAGUUGAUUAGAAUUGUCAAAAGAUUUUCACCGUUUCGUAUCGAAACUGUAGGAAGAUUUGGGACUUGGGACCGAAAGUAUUUGUUUCACUUCGGCUGACACGUAUUAUAUGUAUUAUUCUUCAACGCUGCGUUUCGUGUUUCGAUUGUAGCCGAAAAAUUUGAUAGUACAAGACAAAUCAACUGUACUCUAAUUAAAUUUGCAUGUAAGAACAGUUACAGUAAUACUGGUCAGUGAUCAGACUAAGAUUCUUACUUUAAUAUUCAAGGACAAACGAACAUUAUGCAGAGUUAAAGAUAUUGGAUACAUUCGCAUAGAUUAUAUUGUUAAUAUCCCAGUACAAUGGAAAAGAUAAUAGGAAGUCAGCAGCUCAGAGGAAUGCUGAAAGGUUUUCCAAAAAAUAUCAAGUUUUGUUUUGCAUAUGGAUCGGCUGCGUUUAAACAAUUGACCAAUCUAUCUAAUAAUAUGGUGGACCUUGUUUUCGUUGUUCGUAACGUGAACCAAUGGCACGCCGAGAAUUUAGAGCUUAAUCCUAAACACUACGCCCAGCCGAUGAGAUUUUUCGGACACAGAGUCAUUACUAAUAUACAAGAAAAUUGGGGUGCUAAAAUAUAUUACAAUACGUUAGUUAAAAUGACCGACGGGCAUAUUAUCAAGUAUGGGAUAGUUUCCGAGGUUUCGUUGAUAGAAGAUUUGUUAGAUUGGAACGAUCUUUACUUAGCGGGAAGAUUGCACAAGCCAGUUAAAGUAUUGGUGGAACCGAGCGAAAGCUCUCAGCUGCCUACAGCCCUAGUACAAAAUUUGCAUUCGGCCGUGCACGCCGCAUUACUGUUGCUCCCACAACACUUCACGGAAGUCGAGUUCUAUAAAACUAUAGCUGGCCUGUCUUACAAUGGUGAUUUUCGAAUGACCUUCGGUGAGAAUAAAGAAAAGAUUAGCAACAUCGUGUUGCCUCAGCUGGCGCAUUUUAAAGAAUUGUAUACUCCGAUCUUGCAACACUUCGAAAAUUACGUGGACAUUCCGAAGUCUGAGGCCAUGGUCGCUCAGUGCUCUCAGGAUACGAGUCCGACGACAAAGAUACACCAUUUAAAUCAGUUGCCUAGAAUACCACAGGUGAAGCUUGUCAGGGCAUGGUCUCAGGGUCCACGAUCGAAGGACACGGAGGACUGUCUACGCGCGAUCGCUUACGAUCCCGAAUGCGGUCAGAUACUAGAUCAAUGUUUGAGAGAGAUCGUCUGGAAGUCGAGCGUUACUCAGAGUCUAAAGGGGAUCGUCACUGCUGGAUUUGUCAAAUCUGUUCAAUACAGUACAGCGAAAAUAAUAAAGAUGUUGCAAACGGGUCAGCAACCGAGUUCCCUUCAACUAGAAGCGGGUCAGAGCAAAGUCGACAGCAUAGUAGAAAGCGUGAAGAGUCGUACGCAACCAAAGACAACCGAGAAACGUGUAGAGCAAUAACAUCUAUUUCACCGAUACUUUAAUCCUGUCACGUGUACCGUAUUUCACAUGCAACUGUGUUUUUAAUAAAGUCCUCGUUUGGCCAA